UUAACAUGCUAAAAUCGCCACUGAAUGUGCGAUGCAAUAAUUAGUCGAAAGGAUUGUAUUUUUAAGAAGCGCAAUGUGUUCUUUAAUCGGCACUUAAUCUGAAAAGGAUAAACAAAAACAAUCUAAAUUAAUGUAUAGUUAAGGGCAUGCUCCAUAUAUCUCUUAAACUAACCUUAAACCCCAAAAGCAAGGGAGCGAUCAAACAUUUUGUAGUAAGGCAUUAUUAAGGAUACAUUUCCUGAUAUCCUUGAUAUGCCCAUAAAUCGAAAAAUAAAGGGCACUGAGGGAAAUUUAAAAUUGUUUAAGGACGACUUAAUUCAUUUCAAGGGGUCUUGGCAUAUUUGACGGGAAAGUUGAAUUAUAUGUAAUACUAAUUUAAGGCAGUCCUUUUCCCUAGUGCUACCUAAAUAUUUUAGAGGGAGUUUGGCAUUUCUCUCUCACCUCCAAAUGUAGGCUUAAAUCUAUAACAGGUUUAACGUUAUCAACUGUCCAUAAUAUGUUUCCAAUCCUGUUUUGUGUUAGUGUCAAUACAGAUUGACGAGCGGGAAAAUGAUCUUCUCGCUCUUUUAUGAGCACGCUCCAUAUCGUCAGUUGUGUCCACACCUGACAUCGAUUCACUAAUUAGACAAGAUGCAGGACAAAUGUUGCUAUUCUUUCAGUAUUUAUUGUCAAGAGUGAGUUAGGUGGGUAUAAGGUCUCCAAUUUGUCUGUGUAUUUUGCGUUGUUGGUAGCAUAUUUUGUUUACUUUUGAGUUUGGUUUCGAGUUUAGUUGCAUUUAGGGGACUAUUAGCGGUUGCGUUUUGAAUGGCCUACAGUUGCAUGUGCGACGCGCGGUCAGAAGAGGGCGCACUCUACCCAGUUACAUGUAGGUGUGGAAAUUCCCUCAGAGGAAGGUACCUUCGGCUCUUGCGCUCAGCCGCGGAGAUGCCAAAAAUGAAGCUAGGCAAAAGCCGGAGGCUGACAUUUUCUUAAAGGUGUCCGCCGCAGGGAACCCAACGCUGUAGAACGGAGCUUUGGAAAAAUCCCUGGAGCUUGUUUUUGAGACAAAAUCAGUAAUCCAAGUGCAGCAACACAAAGGACUGCAGAGCGCUCCCCGCUUGGAUUCACUGUGACAGCAAGACAGGCUGCGGUGGUCACGGUCACCCUAAAGGAAGGGUCUCUUUCCACUCCCCCUCUCACACCUACACACACACACUCCCUCAGGCACACACACACACGCAGGAUGAGGGAAGCCUGGAGGUGCCUGCUGGGGCUUUGCCUCCUGGCAUGCUCCGCCUCUCCCGCCUCCCCUAACGGUGCUGCCAAUCCCUUCGCUGGGCAGCAGACACCCCCAGACCCAUGCUAUGAUGACGCGGGCGCUGCCCGCCGCUGUAUUCCCGAGUUCAUCAACGCCGCCUUUGGCAAGGAGGUGGCCGUGUCCAGCGUGUGCGGCCGGCCGACGCCGUCCCGCUCUUGUAGUGUGGUGGAGCGCGGUGAUGAGCGGCCCUCAGUGCGCACCUGCCAGAUCUGCGAUGCGGCAGACCCGCGGCGUGCCCAUCCGCCCUCCUACCUCACUGACCUCAACUCGGCCCACAACCUCACCUGCUGGCAAUCGGAGAACCUACACACCUCGCCGCACAACGUCACCCUAACCCUGUCGCUGGGCAAGAAGUUUGAGAUUACCUACGUCAGCCUGCAGUUCUGCUCGCCCCGCCCUGAGUCACUGGCCAUCUACAAGAGCAUGGACUAUGGCAAGAGCUGGACGCCUUACCAGUACUACUCGUCCCAGUGUCGGCGCAUGUACAACCGGCCCAACAAGGCGGCCAUCACCAAGCAGAACGAGCAGGAGGGCCUGUGCACCGAUGGCCACACCGACCUCUACCCCCUAUCCGGGGGGCUCAUUGCCUUCAGCACUCUGGACGGGCGGCCCUCCGGGAAGGACUUUGACAACAGCCCUGUGCUCCAGGACUGGGUGACAGUCACUGACAUCCGCGUAGUUUUCAGCCGGCCCCAGCUGCCACGUGAGCUAGGGGCAGGAGGAGUGGGGAUAGGCGGGGGUGGCCGGAUUGACGAAGACCCAAUGGUACCGUCCACGUCUCUGCCGGCAUACUUCUACGCGGUGGGGGACUUCCAGGUGGGCGGGAGGUGUAAGUGCAACGGGCACGCCUCACGCUGCCUAAAAGACAAGGAGGGCAAGCUGGUGUGCGAUUGCAAGCACAACACGGAGGGGCCCGAGUGCGACCGCUGCAAGCCCUUCCACUACGACCGGCCAUGGCAAAGGGCCAGCGCCCGCGAGGCCAACGAGUGUCUACCGUGCAACUGCAACCUGCACGCCCGGCGCUGCCGCUUCAACAUGGAGCUGUACAAGUUGUCAGGGAGGAAGAGCGGAGGCGUGUGUAUGAACUGUCGUCACAACACGGCCGGACGCCACUGCCACUACUGCAAGGAGGGCUUCUACCGGGAUAUGGCCAGGCCCAUCACACACCGCCGUGCCUGCAAAGCCUGUGACUGCCACCCGGUGGGUGCGGCAGGUAAGACGUGUAACCAGACGACGGGCCAGUGCCCCUGUAAGGACGGCGUGACGGGCAUCACCUGCAACCGCUGUGCAAAGGGCUACCAACAGAGCCGCUCACCUGUGGCCCCCUGCAUCAAGAUCCCAGUGGUGAACCCUACAGCCAUGGUCAGCAGCAGCACAGAGGAACCGGCAGCAGAUUGUGAAUCCUAUUGCAAACCAGUGAAAGGGAAUCUGAAGAUCAACAUGAAGAAAUACUGCAAGAAAGACUAUGCGGUGCAAGUCAACGUGCUGGACAUGGAGACGGUGGGCGACUGGGCCAAGUUCUCGGUCAACGUGGUCUCGGUCUACAAGAGCCGUGGCGAGCCGCUCAAACGGGGCGACAACGUGCUAUGGAUCCAUAUGAAGGACCUGGCCUGCAAGUGUCCCAAAAUCCAGAUGAGCAAGCGCUUCCUGGUGAUGGGCACCAGCGAGACCGGGCCGGGGGGCCCUGGGGCCGGGGGGCCCGGGGCUGGACCUGGGGCUGCUGCAGGAGCAGAGCGCGUAGGGCUCCUGGCCGAUAAGAACAGCCUGGUCAUCCAGUGGAGAGACGUAUGGACGCGGCGCCUCCGGAAGUUCCAGCGCAAAGAGAAGAAGGGCAAGUGCAGCAAAGCAUGAUGGGGGAGAGCAGCGCAUCCUCAGCCAACCCCUCCAUGACCCCACCCCUACUCCUACCUCCCCACGACCCCUUCCUAGCUCUCGGCUAGUUCGCAGGAUAGAACACGACCCCCCUAACCCCAUAAAAACCCUGACCCCCCCCCCAAAACGGGGUACACUGCACAUUACAGAGACUGCAUGUAUAUUGCCUGUUUAAGGACCACUUUGUGUAUAUUGUAUAAUUAUUUCCUUUUUAUUUUCUGUUUUAAUCAUGGGACUGUGACUGUCUUUUUUCUGUUGGUCUGCCUUAAAAAGGGACCAUUAAAAAGGGUACGAAGUGUAGACGAGUGGAUACCAUUCCCUUUCUCGACAACGACAGCGAAAAUGUCCACACUCCCCCACACCCCUGCCCUCUCCCAUUCCCCUUCCCCAUUCAGACUGCUUCAGUCCCCCCUCCUGCCACCAUGUUUUAGUGUUUUGAAACUAUCGAAGCUCACAUUUCCCAUUCUAUUACCAGGAGUAUCCAUGGAGCUCAGAUAAUCAGAGAGAGAAACUGAUUUUUUAGUGUUGUAGCAAAGUGCCCCACGCAGGGGAGAAGACAAACUGCACAACCUCAGUUCGUCUGCCUCCUCCACCCACUGUUUCACUGUCUCUAAACCCCCACCUUUCUCUACGCAACUGAGAUUACUGGCCUAGAGCGGCCAUUUUGUCUUGUACUCCUAUUCCGUAUGUAAGAUAUGUAGACAUGAACUCUCUGCAGUAGUAUCUCUUGACCAGAACCUACAACGGCUGCAUCUUCGUCCUCAGAGGAUCCUUCUAACCACAACAAAGGCUGUCCCCACAGGGGCCUUCUCCAAUGCAAAACGUCACUUCUACCACCACUGCCAUUACAAUAUAUAUACAACUUCAGACUGAGGCAUCUGCUACUCUAGUCUAGACUAUACAGCUGUUGACAGUGACCCCACCGCUCACUCACUGGUUCUACUGCUCCAGUCAUAGACAGACAGUGGCACUGUUUGGACACUGGCAAACACUAAACCCUAAUAAUGUUUCUCUUUUAUUCUAUAUUCAUGUACUUCUGCUCUCAGAUUCCUAUACUUCUACAGACCCCACUGUCUCACUAUCUAAGUGAAGACCCCCCCCCCCACACAAGCCUUCUCACCACGAGCAGGAAAUGGAAUCAUGCAUUACUAUCUGACUCAUGUGAAGAAAAAUAAUCUUGAGCGGGACUCCAGCAGAGUGGAAAGUAGCCAGCUUCAGAACAGAACAAUGCCCUUGAUACUAGGGAAACUUUUGGGGGGAUAUUUUGUGUCAUGUCUUCCACUGUUUGUUGAUAGAAGGUCCUGCGGGUGUCAUUGUGUGACCGAUAUCGUUUGUUGGUUCAAUUCUAUUAUUUCUCUUGUCUUUUAAAUGUUUGCCACUUUCGACGAAGUGUCCAAUGACGGGCUAGUGAUCGCUUGCCGAAAGAAGAGCUCAAAAUAAAGAGUGCCAUUUCACGAAGAACAGACAAAGGUUGGAUUAAGCUCUACCUUUUCAACUGUAGCUUAUUGACAAACUGAAAGAGUCCGGAACGUUCUAGGCUACGUACACACUGCCUGAUUGUAUUAUGAUGCGAUAGUCUAUUUCAAUCCUCAUGUCUUUGUAUGUUUGCAUGUUUGUGGUUUGGCUGGUCCGUCCGAUGCGAAGCGAAAAAUUUACAGUAAGCAGAGCAUGGAAUUAACAAAUGUUAACAUCACAAAUCCAGAGGAAACCUCCUUAGUCAUCUCCCCUCAUUGGCCUUGCCGACAUUUCCCUCUCUUCGUUGGCCAAUAAUGCAUCAGCCUGUUUCUAAAUUGAAUCAAGAAAAUGAGAAAAUCAGGACAAAAACGAAACCACAAGGGAACGUAUGUUUGCUCUCAAAGUUGCUGUUUUGUCUUUGUCCUUAGGUCAUUUUAUAAGCGUAUUACGAUUGAUUUCAAAAAUAGAAAACGUAAACACAUUGUGAAGGGGUCAUGCUAGCUAGCUGUUAGCAUGCUGACAAUAAUGUCAUGCUAGCGGUUGGUUGGCUGCAGUGCUAUGUUUGGUUUGUCACAUUUCCAAGCCCCUCAGAAGAGUGUCUCUCCCUCUCUUGUCAGGCCCCAGUUCCUUUCUGUUCUGCAACAUGUGCGUUUCUGUGUCUUAGAUACACUGUAUGUCCAAAAGUAUGUGGACACUAAUUUGAAGGGGCGUCCACAUACUUUUGUAUAUGUAGUGUACGUGACAGUAGUGGGACAAAGGCAGCCAACCAAAGUCCUUCAGUGGUGUAGGUCUUGUUUUCAUUUGCUGAAAGAAUGUAUAUAAAUGAGAAAAUGUCAAAUGUAAAAACCGCUUAAAGACACAUGGUAUGAUUGUACUUUCUUAUGAGAUUAUGUCGUUAAAGCUGAGAAUGUAGACCGAGCGUUGUCAUUCUAAAAAAAAAAAAACGCUGAAUGGAUUUAGAAGUUGUUCACAUGAAGGUCUGUCUGGUUAGAUUGUAGGUUUUAUGUGUAACAGUUGUGGGUCCUCCCUCAUAUGCGUCAAUGUUUGCAUCAUACAGUAUUCAUUCAACAUGUCGCGUAGCACAGUGCUCUGAAAACCAAUCCAAAACCAAUCCAUGACCAAAGUGAACUAGGUUGUUUUCCAUACAUUUUGGUGUAAUAUAUAAUGUUAUUUCUUAGAACAGCAAAGAGGUCAGACGGAACCACUAACAUUUCCGAGUAAAAGUAGCGUUUCCUUAGAGGAAUUCCCAGAGAUGGAAUUUCACAAAAAUGCAGAACCAAAUCGUCUGAUUAUUUAUGUAUUUCCGUCCAUGACAAGCUGUCAAACAGGUGGUCUUACAGUAGCCACCAUUUCUUGGCCUGGUAUGUGGGGAAAGCAUGGGCAGGUUUGAUGGAUGUCGAAGUUACGUGUCCAGAACCCCUUUCUCAGACUCAACCCAGAACCGACCCGCUUCCUCACAGGGUUAUACUGCACUGUCUACAGUGCCUAGUAGCUCAAGUGUGAACCUCAACACUUCAUAAUACUGUAUAGCCUGGUCCCAGAUCUGUUUGUGCUGUCUUGGCAACUCCUACAACUCCUAUGGUAAUUUUCCAGAGGAGUUGGCCAGACAGCACAAACCGAUCUGGGACCAGGCUAUGAAUAAUAUCCAGCAAGACAAAAAUCACUAUACUUUUUCUCCCUUUACCUCAGUCUCUAUUUUCUUCCUCUUUUAUCUGUGCCACCCUGAAUAUUGGACUACAGAUAACAAGCUUUACUAAACCCUGCAGAUGUUAUUUAGAAAUUGAAACGUACCCCUCGAAAGCAUUUUGUAGUCUUCCUAGGGCGAGCCACCCUGUUGUUUUACUUAACAAGCCCCACAGCUUGGCAGUGGAACCAGGGUCGUAACUUGCUCUCUUUGUUCCCCUCCCGCAGUAUUUAUAACGUCCACAGGUGAGUGAGAGAGAGAGAGAGAGAGAUCAUUAAAGUACCUUAUAAAGUAAAAACAUAAUGAGAUAUACACAAAUGGACGGUGAGGAAAAGUGAGUUAAGGUUAAGGGAGUUGAAGGAGAGAGUCUGCCCAUUGGGUAUAAUAUGGACUGAAGUGCCAAAACUUUUUCUGUCAUUGUCUUCGUAAAGCCAGUAAGUAACAAGCCAGAGAGACAAGCUAAAUUAUUAUAUGUAGAACAUUUGAAAUAUAUAUCAAAGCCCAAAAUGAUUGUAACAAUGACUGUAGACCUACUGCUGCCAGGUGUUAUGAAAUAUGUGAAAUCUUGCUCAAGAAAGCAUUGAAAGGGCAAAAUUCUAUGACAUGUCUCCCCAUUUGCCAGAAGCCCCCUCUCCUGUCCUCAUGACAUUCUGGUCACAGAGUUACACUAUAGAGCACCACUCACACAGACGAUGUCCACCUGCCUUCUGAGGGCCGAUUGGGUGUUGCCUUCCGCCCCACGCACCCCCCCCCCCCCUUCCUUCAUCACUCGUGUUAUUAUGAAGUCUUCCUUGUACAUUUUCCUCUGAUGCAAUGACCACUGACUUUUUAAUCGUAAAUGACAAAUAAAUUAUUAGUUAAUGAAA